AUGGCCCGGUCGACGUUUACCUCGGCUAGGCUCCUCGCGGAGCGGCGACAUCCUUCGGCCCGGCUGCUCCCAGCGCUGCACCCCGAGGCGGCCGUGGACCACGGCCCCGGCGUGGCGGAGGAUGCACUCCGGGCCUGCAUAUUUUUCGAUGAGGCGGCCAGGCGCGUAACGCACAGCGGCAGCAGUGGCCAACGUCCGGUGCCCGGCAUGGCAACGUCCGGCAGCAAACACGGUGUCUCGCGGCUCUGCGGCGGCGGCCAUCGGCCGGCGUGCGGCAGCGCGGUCCUCAGCCCGGGCAGAGGCAGCCCACGAGGCGCAAAACGCGGCGGCGCAACCAUCGGUCUGCCCGCACUGCACAGCGGCAGCAGUUACCAUGGCCACGACGCUCGCAUGGGAUAA